GCACAGUGCAAUGAAAAAGUAAAAGAGGCCAAAUCUGUGGUGUGGUUUCUGCAACUCUCUCCAACUCUCCAACCAUUUCCGUAUGUGAACCAGUUGUUGUUGUUGUUGUUGUUGUUUUUGUUGAAGAGUGGUGGUUUUUUGAAGCUGCAAAAAUGAAUGAUGGUAGACCAAUGGGGGUGCAUUACAUGGAUGGUGGUGGCUUUCCUUAUGCUGUGAAUGAAAACUUUGUGGAUUUCUAUCAAGGCCACAACCAAAUGCCAGUGAAUUAUGCAUUUUCUGGGUCAAUGCCUGAGCAGGAAAGUGCCUACUGGUCAAUGAACAUGAAUCCCUAUAAAUUUGGAUUGUCUGGCCCUGGGAAUACAUCUUAUUAUAGUUCGUAUGAGGUGAAUGAUCAUUUGCCAAGAAUGGAGAUCAACAGGACUGAUUGGGAAUACCCUUCGGUAAUGAUCACCGAGGAACCAGCUACAACGGAUUCGCCAACUAGAAGAGAUGGAACCACAAGCAUGCAGACUAUCCCUGAAGAAUGCAGUCCAAAUCAUCAUGAGUCCAGUAGUAGCCAGGUCAUAUGGCAAGACGACAUUGAUCCUGAUAAUAUGACUUAUGAGGAACUACUGGACCUGGGAGAGGCAGUUGGAACUCAAAGCCGAGGUCUUUCCCAAGAACUUAUUGAUAUGCUUCCAACCUCAAAGUACAAAUUUAGUAGCUUAUUCAAACGAAAAAAUUCUGAGAAAAGGUGUGUAAUUUGUCAGAUGACAUAUAGAAGAGGUGACCAGCAAAUGAAAUUGCCAUGCAACCAUCUCUAUCAUGGUGAAUGCAUUACCAAAUGGCUUAGCAUUAACAAGAAAUGUCCUGUCUGCAACAUUGAGGUUUUCGGUGAGGACUCAACGCAGUAGCAACAGCAUGGCAAAAGGGAGCUUUCUUGCUCUGUCAAUUUUUGCUCCUCAUCCAGCUCUCUCUGUACCUCCCUUUUAGUUUUAAUUUUAAUUUCAUACACUUAGGUAGGUGUAGUAUGAAGAACAAUGGCACUCCUUACAUGAUACAUGUUUACUAGAAACAACUUGACACAGUCGCAUCUUUUAGUGGUUAAUGUGCGAUUUUGUGUAUCCUUCCCUUAGCUUUGUGCCCCUUAUAUUGUUAGUUGGGAUUGAGAAAACUGCUUCCCAGCCAUUGAUUAACAUAGAUGUGUUGGGAUUUAGGAAUGACAAAUCUUAUAAACAUACUUGAAUGCAAGGUAAGGCUGUCUACCCUUCCCUGGACACUGCCUGGGUGGGAGCUUUGUAGCACCAGGUUACCCUUAGAUUCGUGUAUACAACUGAACUCAGCGCCGUUGCAUGUUGGUCUUGAUGUCCCUAAUAUUCACCUAUUUGUCGUAGAUCUUGAGAUUGAAAUCAUGUUUAAGCUCCUAAAAUCAUUCAAAA